AUGCCUGCAUCCCUAAUAAAAGGUCUUACAGUCUCCCAACCUGGCUUCAAUAGAAAGAUUGAAAUACUCAUCAUAGUCUUGCCAACUUUGGUGGUCUUAAUGGGCCUGUCUGUAGCAGUGUAUGCUUUCAGCAUGAAAAAGAAAAGGUCUUACAUCAAAGGUCGAGGUCGAAGGGUACACUCCACUGAUAGACAUAAUUCAGAUGUAGAGAAGGAAGAUCUAGAGAUGAAUUUUUUUAGCUUAUCUAUAAUAACCAAGGCUACCAAUAACUUUUCAAUCAACAAUAAGCUUGGAGAAGGUGGCUUUGGUCCUGUUUACAAGGGAGUAUUGGAAACAGGACAAGAAAUAGCUGUGAAGCAACUUUCUAGAACUUCUGAACAGGGUUAUGAUGAAUUCUACAAUGAAGUUGUUUGUGUUGCUAAACUUCAACAUCGGAAUCUUGUGAAGCUUGUUGGAUACUGCAUGGAUGGAGAUGAAAGGAUCCUGAUUUAUGAAUACAUGUCUAACAAAAGCCUGGACUUACUUCUAUUUGAUGAAACCAAAAGUUGCAUGCUUGACUGGCCUCAACGUUUUUGCAUCAUCAAUGGGAUUGCUAGAGGAAUGCUUUAUCUCCAUCAAGAUUCUCGCCUUCGAAUCAUACACAGAGACCUGAAAGCAGCCAAUAUUCUGUUGGAUCAUGACAUGAACCCUAAAAUAUCAGAUUUUGGCCUUGCUAGAGAGUUUGAAGGAAACCAGAUUACAGCCAAAACAAAGAAAGUAGUUGGAACAUAUGGUUAUAUAUCACCCGAAUAUGCACUUCAUGGGCGUUUCUCUGUAAAAUCAGAUGUGUUUAGUUUUGGUGUUUUGGUGCUGGAGAUAGUGAGUGGGAAGAAAAACAGAGAAUUCUCACAUGAAGAUCUCAAUGAUAACCUUCUUGGACAUGCAUGGAGACUAUAUACAGAAGGCAAGUACCUUGAACUCAUGAGCCCAUCUUUACACAACUCAUGCAUUAUCUCAGAGGUGAAAAGAUCAAUACAUGUUGGGCUAUUAUGUGUACAAAAUCAUGCACAAGAUAGGCCAACUAUGUCCUCUGUGGUUAUGAUGUUGGGUGGUGAUGGAUCACUACCUCCACCUAGACAACCUGCUUUCUUUGCUGAAGAAGGUUCACGUAAGCACUACACUUUUUCCAAAGUUGAUGAAGCAACUAUAACAUUGUUGGUUCCUCGGUAG